AGCUCUCGUUCAUUCACAGGUGGCUUGACUGACAGGGAUGAAGUUCCUUUUCCCUUGAGAGAAGUUCCCCUCCUCCCUUGGGAAGUUCCCCUUGUCCUUUGGGAAGUUCCCGUUCAAAAGAAGCCCUCUUCCUCCCAAGGAAAGUCCCCUCCCUAUAGAGUCUCCAUCAGGGAAGUGAUACUUAACCCAGCACAUGUCAGACAAGAAACGUCAACAACGGAAAGAAUGGAGGGACGCACACAGAAAGCAGCAGAAGUAGCUCCAUAUCCCAGACAGUCUCCAAUGGGGCCCAUAUAGUCUGGAUUUUCCGAUGUUCGGUAACGCGGGUAUUCUUGAACUCUAAAGGCUCAUAUGUGAGUUGGAUAGGGAAGCAAGUUGGGCGAAAUUAAGGGAGGAUAUUAUUGUAGAGUUCAUGAGAAGCUUAUGGAUCUUUAAUCGCCCGCUGGAGAUAAGCGUGUUGGUACCAUCGAUCUUCUCGACAUUGACAUUGCAUGAGGACGUGAUUCUUUUGAAGGAUUCUCAGACACUGCACGAUCGCCUUGGAGAGAAGUUCAACAAGCCGCUACUUCACCGGGCCUUGUUAUCUGGGAAUUCACUCUGUGACCGCCGCCUGAGCUCAGAUGUUGUAUGUUUUCACAACCUUUUCAUUUUGAUUCGUCGCGGAAGGGGCCCUUGCCGCCCUAACACCCUGACUGAACGCCCCUUCUAUUCUCUUCACCCAUGGAGCUCACUCGCUAUGAACGUUUCCAUAACAAUUGGCUACAUGCCUGCUGAACUUACCAGACUUUUCAUGUUCCAUUCAGCUGUAAUACACUUAGGCGGUAGACCGAAUCAGAAAGAUAUUGACUCCCAAGUCACAGGAAUCAGGCGUUCGACGUUUUAUUUCCUUUUCUUUUCAGCAAUCCAGUUGAACAAAGUCUCGAUCACCGAAGGGGCCCCAAGAUUUAUUGCUAAUACAGCCACUCAUCAGACAUAGAGCAACCUGAGCAUCGAAGGCCACUAAAUCCAACAAGAUGUUGAGAAAGGGAAGGAAAAGUAAGCAGUCAUGUCCAUUGAGGCACUAGGGUCA